AUUCACCUGACACCUUUGAGAAAGCUGUUGACCUCGCUAUCAAAUCAAAAACUGGUUAUAAGACAACAUAUAAUAAUACUCUUGUAACUACUGCUCAAAGUAUUCCUCAACAUUUUGAAAUACCAUUCUCAGCAGUACCAGUA